UUGUAGUUCAAAUAGCCGGAAUCAUCAUGCAAGUGCUACACAACAGGGCGCAAAAAAUAUCCUUCAUCAGCUCACACCUUCGCCGAUUCCCAAGACCAAACCACCUUCACCAUGGCAGACCUUCGUGCAACCAUUCAAAACACGAUCAAUGCCUUUAUAGAGAACAACACACAAGCCGUGAAGCAGAAGAAUACCUCGCUUCUCUCGGUAGCUCUUGCGAAAGAUUGUAUUAGACAGUAUCGCCCGCUGUCGUUCAUCAAGAGAUACCCUCAGUUCUUUAAGGAACAGAUCAGCAAUGCCGACUACGAAGCUCAGAUGCAGCAUGAGCUCCAUACCAUGAAAGACGUAGCGCAGAACGUCACCCGGACUGUCAUCGACACGGUUGAGCGCAAGGCUACCCUGUGGGUUGAGACCACUGUCUGGACGCCGGAAUCCCAGAGCACCGUUGAAGUCAUUUUUGACUUAAACUUCACUGAAGAUGGAACCCAAGUUUCGCAGGUCACGGAGUUUGUAGACACCUACGAGAGCACAAAGGUGUUGGAGCAAAUUCUGGAAAAGAUGGGCGCGAAAUAAGUAGGGCGCCACGGCGU